UUAUUUUUGUUGUUAUUUUAUUUUGUGUAUAUAAGAAAUUUUAUUUAGAAAGUCAGAGGUAGAAGAAGUGAGCUCUGGGAACAAGAGACAGAGGCAAAAAAGCCCUUGGAGCUUAGGAGAAAGAAAGGACAAAGGUUUUCUGCAAGGGGCAGGGAGGGUGAGGAAGUAGGGAAACACUCAGGGUUGCAUUUUUGAGAUUGUAGAUCAGGCUCUGGUCAGGGUAGGUAACAGGGUGCUUUAUUGGGUUUGAGGAUUCAGGAGAGUAGUGCACAUUCUCAUUGCUCUAAAGUUUAUGGACGUCUGUGGGAGGAGAGAGCACAUGAAAACAGAAAGAAAAAUCUCACAGUGUGGUCUCCACCUAGAAGGUUAUUGUUCUUGACUCUUCUAUGACAAAGGACAGGAGAGAGUGGCCUUUUCAUCUUUCCAGGUCCAUGUAGGAGCUCACUGUUUCUGAGUGUCCUGUGAAAAAAAGAACACAAGAGGGAGUCCAUUUUAGCAUUUUCACAUCCUUCUGCCUGUGAGUAUGGUGGAAGUGGAGGAAGGGACUGUGUGGAUACCUUUGAAGGUGCAUCCUCAUAAUGCAGAUGUGACUCCUCAACAUAUUUGCCUGAGAAAACAGCCCACAGCAGGAGCAAGACUAGGACGACAUGGCUGCUUCUCAGGUUCCCCAAGGACAUGAAGAAUUCCCUCCUUGAAUUAAUGACCUUCAACUACUGAAAACAUCCCCUUUGUGACAAAUCAACUUGGGAAAGUUCCCAUGUCCAGCAUCCCUGUUGGGAUGGGCUCAGAGGCUCAGCUAUCAUUGACCUUCAGGGAUGUGUCAGUAGAUUUCUCUGGGGAGGAGUGGGAAUGCCUGGACCCAGCUCAGCAGAAAUUGUACAUGGAUGUGAUGUUGGAGAACUAUAAGAACCUGGUCUCCCUGGGUCUUACUCUCUCUAAGCCCAUCCUGGUCACCUGUUUGGAGCAAAUGAAGGAGUGCUGGGAUGUGAAUAGAAAACAGACAAUAUCCGUCCACCCAGCCAUGUCAUCCAAAGACACACAGGCCUUCUUGCAAUAUCCAGGAAUAGAAGAUUUAUUCCCUAAAAUAAUACUGAGUUCUUAUAAUAGAGAAGGAACUUAUCACUGCAGUGAUCAUUGGACAAACUUCAAUCAAGAGUCAAAUAUUAAUGAGAGAAUUAAGUUUCCAGAAGACCAUUAUAAAUGUGGAAAAGUUUAUGGCCGAAGAUCAAAUCACAGUAUUCAUCAGAUAAUUCAUGUGGCAGAAAAGACAGACAAACAAAUGUGACAGAUCUUUUAAGCAGUUUUCAGAUCAUAUUGAACAAGAUGAUAUUUAUAGCCUGGAAGAAGCUUACAAAAGUAAUGCUUGUGGGGGAGUCUGCAAUCAAAUAUUCUAUCUAAAUAGAUAUAAAGAAAUCCAUACU